AUGAACCAGGCACAAAGUCUGCUGCUUGAAGGCCUCAUCAGGACAAAACAUGUAGCCAGCGCUGCCCUUAUCAAAAUAUCUGACAUGAGCGUGAUGACAACAACUCCAGGCUUUAAUAUUCAGAGCUCGGCCACAACCUUUGUCCAAGCCUUCUACAACAACAUGUUCAUAAUUCGAAAGGAAGGGCUGUACUUCAAAGACAAGUUUUAUAAAUGCUUCCGAGCGGAUGACAACUCCAUCUACCUUAAAGCAAAAGAUGACGGAGUGAUACUGGUUAAAACAAGAAACUUCAUCCUGGUUGCGACAUAUAGCCAAGGCAUGUACCCCAGUGUCUGUGUCGAGUCGGUGGAGAAACUAGCAGACUACCUCAGAGCAAAGGGGAACUGA